AUGUACAUUACUAGCUAUCCAGGGCCACAAAAGGGCUAUGCGUUGGACACAGCUGAUCUAAUUCAUCUGUCCGGAGCUAAGCUACCUUUUUUUUUUUUUAACAAGACUUCCCUGAAGAAGAAAAAGAAGUCUAUGUCAGAGAGGCAGAUGACUCUUCAGCCCCCCAAUGUAGAAAAUAUCUCAGCCAGUCUUCAACAGGAUGAGGCAGAAGAAACAAAAGAGGAUUCUUUGGGAGAAAAACUGUCAAAUUCUGAUAAACUCCUACUCGGAACAGAGGAUAGUGAUGCUACAGAGUGCAUUGUAAGGCUUCCAUAUGAUUUUGCUGAUUUACCUGAUAGUUGUGUAGAUACAGAUGUGUUGUGUUCUACCCAUACUGACCACGUAGAUUCUCAGAAAGAGGAAAAAUCUUUAACAGAGACUGCUCCAGAAGAUAAAAUCAAUUCACAGGGCCAGCAAAGCCAGCACUCUCUGAAACAUACUGAAGAAACAAAAGAAGAUGGUUUGGACAAGGAAAAUGAAACAAUUCAAAACCUUAAAGACAUAGAGAAGACAUGCCCAGACGUCCAACAUACAACAUCCAAACUAAUGUCUGAAGUCUAUUCUCAGAAGACACUUGAAUGCCUUACACCAGAAGUAAAUCAACAGAACUCAGUUAAAAAACUGGUAAUAAAUAAUUCCCAGUCUCAUCAAGAUAAUGGCUUUCUCGGCUAUGGAGUUUUUCUGGCAAUAAUGGUGGCGUUGAUUGCUAUUUUCAUAAGUUGCCAUUGUUACUACACUUUACACCCUCCAAAUGUGCCGAAAAAUCCAGUGGUGGAAGUCUUCCUAUCAAAGUUCAAUCCACUGAAAGAUAUCUUCCCAGGUCAGAGUCCUCAGCUGUGGGGACGAGUACGGAAAAUAUUGCAGAAACACCUUAAUACAUCCUACCACACCGAACCAGCUAUCUUAAUCUUUACUGCUGCCCAGGAAGCUAAAUCAACUCUGAAGUGCCUGAGCACCCAGAUUGCCGGUGCCUAUUCAUCAUCCCUGGGAGGCAGCACAGUCCACGUUGAUGGAAUUUCUAAAUCCACUCUAAGCAAUGAUCUUGCAAAGCUAGCAGUUGAUGAGGAGCUGAGUGUUGGUUUCCAUGGAGAAGGAAAGGCAGCAGUAGUACAUCAUUUUGAAUCCUUGCCUGCAAGUUCCACCUUAAUCUUUUACAAAUACUGUGACCAUGAGAGUGCUGCUUUCAAAGAUGUGGCACUGAUUUUGACAGUUUUGCUGGAGAAUGAGAAGUUGGAUCCUAGCAUUAGCCUACAGACUGUGGAGGAAAAUGUGCGGGACUUCCUCUGGGCCAAAUUCACAAACUCUGACUCACCCAGUUCUUAUGACCUUAUGGAUACUGAUAAGCUAAGUGGGCUCUGGAGCCGCAUAUCCCACUUAGUCAUGCCUGUUUGUCCUGUGCCAUUUAUAGAAGAUAAUGGCUGCUUUCAACAAGUGGGGAAUAAAGAAGACUUCACUUUUAAAAAUUAAAGGAAAAAGAAGAACCAACUUUCCAUCUGCAGUCUUCUGAAAAAUUUGCACAAAUCAGAUUUUUUUUUGAUUGCCUGAAAGGACUAGAGGUAUUAAGAUAAAACAAACUAAUUUUAAAUAAAUCAUGGAUUGUGAUGUUGAUUUUGAUUAUGGCUUUCAUAACAAACCAGAAAAGAAAUUACUGAAUUAUUUUUAUUGUUGAGUUGGCAUUUGCAAUGUAAUUUAAUGCAAUAUCUUUAACAAGUAUAGUUUGCACAUUUAUAUAUUCAAAACAAGCUUGCCAUUGGAGAAAAAUGGAAAGCCUACUCUUAAAAUUUUUCCUCAGUGUCUUAUGAAUAGAAUGGAUAGCUUAACCUAGAACUACUAAUUGGCAUGUGAGAAUUCUAGUAAUUAACUAAUGAUUAUGUGAACUCCUCCUCCUAAGCCAGGGCUGUCAAACUUGUGGGCCAGAAGCAUUAUGUGCUGGUCAUGCCUACCCCCGGUUUAGCGAAGGGGAAAAAAGUCACAUAUGUCACAUGACUCGGCCAUGACGACACAAGUUUGACACCCCUGUCGUAAGCAAAAACUACAAAGUUCAGCAUAUUUGCACAAGAUCUCCUUAUACUAGUUCAGUCAACUUACUGAAAAUUAGAAGUUGAUAUUAAGCUAAUUGCAAAAUAACUAGGUAAUUUUCUGAAUUUAUGCAGUUAAUGUAUUGAAUUUAUAAAAAGGUUUUUUUAAUACAGACUCCACGGAUUGAGAUGUCAAAUAAGUCAAAUGCACUGUAUUUGUGCAUCUAAACAUAUUUUCUAAAUGGUAAUUCUAAAAUUAGCUUUUACUAUAACGUGAUAUACUACAGUAUUUCUAUAUAUAUAGAAGCUGUUAUAUAUUGAUUUCUUCUCAGUUUUGGUGAUUUUCAAUUUAUGAUGUAAACUGCAAUUCCUUCCAAAGAUGCAAUAUAAGUAUCCUAUUGGGAACAGAAUAUGAUGUCAGUAUACCAUUUCAUCUAGUUUAGUAUUUUUUUCAGCCACUGAUUAGGACUGUUCUACUUAUCUGGCUAUAUUGACACUGAAGGUGACUAAGAAUUCUUACAACUACUAUUGUAAAAAAAAUGACGGGUAUAGUUGAAAAAGCUACCUUAGAAAUUACAUAAGUAUAAUACAAUUCCUUUCUAGUAAUAAAUUGGGACUAUCUAGUUAGUGACUACAAAGUUCAGAGAGUUAGGAAAAUUAUGUAGUUGCUUCACUGAAGUGAUACUGGGUUAACAAACACAGAUGCCUGUAAAGAAUUGACAGCAAACAUACGGUAGCUGCAGUACAUAGAAAUUAUUUUCAUUUUAUUUAACUUUAUUGAAAAUGAAAUUGGAAUCUUCCCUUGCAAACCAUGCUACAUAUAUUUCUAUACUUUGUGACAGUUACAAUCUAUAUGAGAAUCUCCAUUCUGUUUUAGUAAAUAUUUCUCCUGGACAAACAAACUGAAUCUGUUUUCAUUUGAAGAUCCGGUUUUAGCACAGAUUGGUGCUGGGUAGAGCUCUUCAGAUUCUAGUUGACUAAAUUGAUGAGCAAUGUGAAAGUAGGGCAACUCACGCAAGCAUCUAUUGAUGCUAGUCUGCACUGAAAUUAAAAUUUCUGUUCUCAAAUUAAUAGGACUACAAAAACUUGGAAUAAGGCAGUAGCAUACCACUUCCAAAGUAGUGCCAAAACCCCUUGCAUGAAUAGAUCUGGGUAAUUACCAGGGGUAAAAUUCAAUUCAAGACAAUUUUUAUCUUUUUAAUAAAUGUACAUAAUAAACCACUAUACAAGAUAAAAUUGGUUCUAACUUAAUGUUAGUGAUGUGUUUGACCCAUUGAAUUCAACAAGGCUAAAGCUGGUCAACACUGUCUUGUCUCAUUGGUUUCAAUGGAAUUAAAGUGGGAUGUGGUUCAAGUCUAAUGUAGCAGAUACGAAGUAAGUAAGUACAGCUCUCUUUCAACAGCAGUCUUCAAAUAUAUACUGAGAACUCAUCAUUCUCUACCCAAGAUAUUCUGAAUAUAUUUUCUAACAAACU